CUCACUUUUUCCCGCUAGAGUCAUCAUCGCUACGCUAUGCGCCGCCCCGUCUCUUAUCAAAAAUACGAUUGAAAUUAAAAAAGACAAGCCAAUGAUCUAGAAAAAAUCACGUUCUACAUGCAAUCAGAGACCCAGAGGAAUAUAUGACCAGGCCGAAUAUCACCGCCUGAAUCAGAUUUCCAGUGGAGGAGCUCCUCUGUGCUUACUCCUCGUCCUCGUCCUCGAUGUUCUUCCCAUCCUCAUCCUUUGUGACGCCCUCUUUAUCCUUGAUGAUCUUCGCCACCUCUUCUCCGUCCCCCUCUCCAUCCUCAUCCGUCUCAACCACCUCGUCCUGCUCACAGCCGCCAAGGUACCCAACACACACUCGCAUAGGAACUGCGACAGCCGGAACGUGGUAAUCCCAUCCAUCUUUAUUCCCAUAAAACACCAGCAUAGGCGACACAACCAGUUGGACAGGCAGACCAUUGAGGUCGGCUUCGCCCUCGGGGCCAACUGAUCUCAUCACGACUUGAGUGUCGAAUCCCUCGGCUUUGGCUGAAAAUGGAAAUCCACAUGCCUCCUUGGUAUUGGGGUCAUGAAACAUAAGUCGAAGAGUCUGGCGACCGCAGUCGAAGAGUAACUCGAACUCGGCAACCACGUUUGCGAUGAUUGAGAUCUCCUCUUCAAAGAGGCCUGGAUUCUCAGGGAAGUAUUGGCCAAGAGCUUUCUUCAAGAUCUUGACCACGCAUCUCGGCUCAAUCCUUGCUUCUCUGAAAUAUUGUGCUUUCCGAUUGGAUCGUUCCUUAAGGGUGUAAUAGAAACUGAUUGUGGUGAACCGCCAGUUGGGAUACUGGUACCGCAGGAAUUCCUCGUCGUGUUGGAAGUUUUUCUCUAUGGCCAAGUGAAAAAGUUCUCAUCAAUGAUCUCCCAGAUCCACCGUUCGAACAUAAACUGGCGUACAAGACGUACCUCAAAGAGCUCUCGGGCACAGGGUGAAUAUCCAAUGAACCUUUGCUGAACGGCCUCGUCAAGUCUAUCCCAGGGAAGAUCCAGAAAACCACCCAGCUUUGUGAACCCUCUAAUAUGACCACCAAAGUAGUUCCACAGUUCGAAAAGGUAGCCUUGUCUGUAACCCAAACCAACGUCCCAUUGAAGAGCCCGUUGGAAGCGGCCAAGACCCUCGGUCCUGUAUUUAUUCCGUUCAGCUUGGGCGUGUGCGUCCCUUUGCUCCAUGUCUUUUAACAAUUCUCUGCCCUGAAGAGGGAACUUUGGGGCUCCUUCUGAUGCACGGUUCGGGAAUGCAUCUUUUGACGAUGCAUCUUCUGGCGAUGGCUUUGAAAAAGUCCUUCCAUGGCGCUCUCUCCAAUCUUUUUGUUCUCCCCUUGAACCACUUCGUCCGUGGUUCCUUGAUCUUUUGACGCUCUUGCGAUCUUGGGGACUUUGUCUUGGUCAGGUUUACUGCAAGACUGCAGUCGCUUGGGUCGUCGAGGGCCAGCCAUGUUCUGAGAACAAUGAAGCGACCGCCGCUGUGUGAAAAAUUUGAAAGAAAGCAGGAUUGUUUCAAAGUCUACCCAUUUCAAAAGUGCGAGCAACCUUUCGCGUUAUGUACACAUCAUUUUCUAAAGUUGAUUGCCUCCUGGGGGGAAUACAACAUGCUGGCUUACACUAAAAUCCAAGGUAGUCUCUUGUUUCCUAACCCCCCAGAUUAUCAAAACCGGACCACCUUUGUCAUACCCGCGACACAUGACUAUGGGAGUACCGGAUAAAGGAGUGAGUUUGGGUAUGACAAGCGGCCGUGUGUGGCUGGACAAACAACGCCUCUUGCUGGGAUAGUUUCAGCUCUGUGGGCAUCCGCUGCAUUGACGAGAGACAAACAGAGACUAGCAUCAUUGGCGUUGGAGAGAAGAGGGUGAUGGAGCUCGUUUCUUUAUUGGUAGCUUGAUCCCAUCCCUGAAGCGCCUACCUAUGGAGCUAGGUGAGCUUCACGAGAGAAGCUAGUCGACGCAACGGCCUUCCGAAACUUUCAGCUGGCAUGUCCUAAAGAACUCCGAUUUGCCAAAGUCCACUUUAUGCCUGAUCAAGGAGGAGUUCAGUGGGAGGCGGCGGUAAAGUCUUGGGAGCUUUCGCUGACCUUGAAGCUAGCGUCGACUUGGGAGCUUCUUGAGUCAAAGGUGGCCGAGCAAUCUUGGGUGUAUCAGAAACACGUGGCGUGAAAGCAUUAGCCAGAGUCCUAACGAUGAUAGGCACCAGCGCAAUAACUGGCAGAGGUGCUGACAGUGGGAUGGGAGCAACUCCAGGAACAACACGGGCCGCAAAAAUCGUCACAACGACAGGAGGAGAUGCCACCACCGGGCUCUGGGCAGUUCGAGGAGAUUUUGCAGUUGACGGGAGGAUAGCGCUGCCUACCAAAGAUCGGACAUUUGGAACAAGUGCGAUCUUGGGAGUCGAUCGAACUUUGGGUGCACGACCUACACUCGGUGUCGUUCUGACAAGAGGAGCAUUGACGACGGUCGGAGCAACUUCAAGCACGGGCGCUCUGACGACAUGGGGAGUGACAUGAACUUCUGGGACCGGUAGAGUCUGCGAGACCUGACGUGAACGAGGAGCCGCAUCGGUGGUCGAAACCUGUCGAGAGCGAGGUGUGAUACCAGCACGAGAGACUUGUCGCGACCGAGGGGAUGGCAUCACAGGAGGACUCUCGAGGAUAGCAGUUUUUGGUGUGGUGACCCAACCAACUUUCACGGGGUCGCCAUCUGGUAUCUCCGUUGCAGUGGAGGUGACAGGACGGUUGAGAGUUGAAUUCGAUCCCUGACGACGAAGAGGAGUGUUGGAGCCCCGGCGGCCGAGGGUAGGCGUUGUUGGUCGACGAGUUGGAGUACUGGGACGUUCUGGCUGUCCCUUACGAAUGGGGCUGGUUCGUCGCUGAGAGGACUGUGUGCCCAUUGCAUAGCGAGGGGAGUCGGCCAUGUUGACACGGAUUCGGAGAGACUGAGAACUGCGGCAUUAUAUACCCUUCUGCAGGCUGCCAACUCAUCAUCCUCCACACUCAACCUAUCAUUCUGAAACACGCAUCGCGGGAAAGUCCGGGCGGGUGGUCGCUUUGCUUUUUCUUUGGAUGACCAUGAGGAGCAAGAAAAUACCAGCCCUUGAUACAGGACGUCUUUUUGCUAUUUAGGAUCAAGGCCCUAGGUUUUCUUUUCUCUCCUAGGAUGAGUCAACGUCAACUAUUCGUCAAUCAUAAGGCAACGAUACGCUGACCAGUAUUUCCGAAACGAGGAAAUUUGAGCAUUCAGUAUUACAGUAAUGGACAUCAUGUGUCGGUACACAUGGGCAAGCCAUUUGAUCAGAAGUCGAGCAUUUGUGCUAAAAGCUGCCACAAGAGAAAAUACCACUAGGGCGAAACUUGCGGGCAACGAGAUUGUCCCGAUGGUCUUGAGAGACAGGUUAUUCUCACCGCCCCAUUCUUGAGUGUUCAUACCAAAGAGACCGGUAAAGAAGGUCAACGGGAGGAAGAUGACUGUAAAUGUGGUAAAGAUCAUGACACUGCGACUUUGUGCACUCGCAAGGUCGGCAUGAAGCCUACUUAGCCGUACCUCGUCAACCUGUGCCUGUCGCUGGACCAUCUGAAGGAGUUUGUCGUAGUCGUUUCUUGUACUCCGAACUCUCUGAAUCAUCUCUUGCGCUUGUCUCCCAUUUGCAGUACGGUCACGCAGUUCCGGGCGAGUAUGAACCAGAAUCAAAAGUUCGUCUUCGAUAUCUCGAAGUUCAAGGAGAGCCGAUGUGUUAUCCCGGUUAUCCUCUUCUGCUCGACGGCCCUCGGCCUUAUGGCGUGCUCUGAUGGAACGAGCUUUGUUCUCAACUGGCUCGUAGGCUGACGCUUUGUCACGGAAUCCUUCGGCGCGAAAUGUUUUGAGCGAAGAGGUGAGUUUUUCGGUCUAAAGGUUAGCAAGGUUAAAAAUGAUGGCAGAGUGAUUCCGCACAGGUGACAUACUAGAACGCUGAUGGCCUCUUCAAAGAUUCGAAACACUUCCAGGUCUGGGUGCGAGGAUCUGUCGAGGAGGACUGUGACAGCAUGGAGGACUGCUAAUGCCGCCAGGUCCAGAGCAUUUUCGCAUUGUCGGGUGAGAUCGACGUUGACUUCGUUAAAGAUGCUGUCGCGAAGAUCUGCCUGCUGAUACAGAGGCCCUUCAAUAGCAUCACCCUCUCGUUUUGGGAAGAAGGAUAGUAGGGUAUCUAAAGGUCAGCUGAGUUCCAUGCAGGGAUAGAUGACUUACGAGAGUCUAUGGCCCAAAGCCACAGCUGAUCUACCAUGAGAACGUUACCGUUGAGUAUAGAGUCCUCGCAACCCUCCUCGUCUUCCCCAUCCUGGCUACUUGUCUUAGAUCGUCGACUACCGCUUCCGCUACUCCCAGAACUACUGUUUGACAUUUGUCCAUGAAGUCCUGGGCCCAAACCGGGAGCAAAUUUGAGCGGCGGAUCGUGGCCCAGAAACUCCCAAAUCACCUGUGAUUCAAGGGAAUCAGACUUUGCCACAGAUUCGGGGACAGGCCUAGCUCGUCCAUGGCCGAGACGCUGAAGGAUGAGUUCUCGUCGGCGAAUGAGUCGUUUGUACGAGUCGAAAUGAAGAUAUGGGAGGAAGAGACAAGUAUAGACCCCACCCUCUGGUUUGGGUGAUAUCGAUGACUGUUUCGAAGAUCGGCCUCGAGGUGACACUACACGGUUAGCUUGGAUUUCAAGUGUUGAGAGUGGCGCCCACGAGAAUGCCUUGUCGCCCAGAAGUCACUAUUAAACAGGGGGGCGUAGUUGCGAUUGUUUGCUGUCUGCAGAGUCUCGAAUAUUUUCUACAGAGCUAGGAUUGUUGUAUGGCAAAUGAACCCACAUAAACUUGCGAGUCUCGAUCUGAGGUUUCGAAAACGCAACAGCCUUUCGGAUAGCAACGAUCGCUUCUGGCAGCCUCGGAGAUGCAUCGAUAUCAUCAUCAUCACUGAAGCCCUCGAUUGUACUUCGACU